AUGUUUGAAAUAACUUUAACUUAUGUACCAUCAGCUUUAUAUGUACAACGUCAUUCCUUCAUCCCUUGCAAUAUUUGGGCAGGUAUUUCCAAUCGAAAGCAGAAAAGAGAAAUAGAUUUGAACAAGAAGGGUAAGAAUGAAGGAAUAAAAUUGUUGAGUUUCAUCCUCUCAACCAAUGGAAAAACAGUAAAAGACUCAAAAAGUAAAUGCAAUACAUAA